AUGGGAGAACCAUCAUCAACCGGUGAGAGGAAGAUAUUGCGCAAAAUAUUAGUAGAAGAAUGUACUGCAUCGGAAAACGGGUUCGUUAUAUGCGCGAUUGAUAGGAGCAAUUCGUGCAAGUACCGUCAAACUGCAAACAAAUUAGAUCCCGGAAACUUUAUUCGUCAUAUUCGGACGGAACACGCCGAGCUAGCGAUGGCUCGUGGAUUAUUUCGCGAAGAAAUGGAAGCAAUUGCCAAGAAGAGAAAAAUUUCCAAAAGGCUCAUUGCAAUUGAUCGACAAAUUUUUGUGGAAGCAAUGAUUAAGCUUAUAACUAUUCAUCACGUUCCUUUACAUUGCGUUGAUUGGGAAGGGUUCAAACUCCUCCUCGACCCUAUCAGUAAUUCACUUAAUGUUCGUAUGAACCGACCUAACCUCAUGCGACACUUGCUUGCUGCAGCUGAUAAGAUCCGUAACUCUAUUAAGAGUCUAGUCAAAGGAAAAUUGUUAUGCUUGAAAAUUGACAGUGCUACGCGCUAUGGACGUCACAUCCUCGGUGUGAAUAUUCAAUUGUUUGAUCCGGAAAAACAAGAAAUUGCUAUUUACACAAUCGGUAAUUUUAAUGUUAUCCUAAUUCUAAAUAGAAUAUGUCAUUAA